UCGACUGAUUCCCUGGCAUUUCCUGUGUCAGUUAGGAGCAGCAGCAGUGGAAGGGUAAAGAGUGGUGACAAACAUCUGAAAGGGUUACUUGGACCAAACUGAGACACUGAUCAGCAAUGCAGAGAAGGGAGAUGGAGGAUCCAGUUGCUGAUAGCAGUGCAGAUGAUACGGAGGCAUCUGAGAUGACCAAUAGCCCUAAAGAAAUCGAAACUCAGUCGGACGGGACACCGACCAACAAUGCUCAGACUGAUGAAAGCUUGGCAGAGGCCGGUGCAAUUUCAGCUUCCUGUGACAUGGCUGAGGAACUGUGCAGACAGCUGGAGGACAUCCUCAGCACCUAUUGUCAUGAGCAUGGUGGUGUUGGCAGCGAUGAUGUCGCAGUGACCAAUGGCCAGCCUGACGGCGUUGAAGUGAACGGGCUGUCUGAGAGAGAGGAUGGCAAACAGGUGGAAGCCAAACUAAAUGGCAAUGGAUGUGUGGAGAAGGACCCGAAGAAGCUGCAAGACAAGAAGAAAGUGAAGGGACUGGGCAAAGAGAUAACCCUUCUAAUGCAGACUCUCAACACAUUGAGUACUCCAGAGGAGAAGCUGGGUGGUCUCUGUAAGAAGUAUGCUGAGCUGCUAGAGGAGCACCGUAACGCUCAGAAACAGAUGCGAGCCCUGCAGAAGAAGCAGACGCAGCUAAUCCAGGAGAAGGACCACUUAAGAAAUGAGCACAGCAAGGCCAUCUUGGCCCGCAGCAAGCUCGAGAGUCUCUGUCGAGAACUGCAGAGACACAACCGCACACUUAAGGAGGAUGGUGUGCAACGUGCCCGUUUGGAGGAGGAGAAAAGGAAGGAAGUGACCUCACAUUUCCAGGUGACACUGAAUGACAUCCAAGCACAGAUGGAGCAGCACAACGAGCGUAAUGCAAACCUAAGACAAGAGAAUAUGGAGCUGGCUGACAAACUAAAGAAACUAAUUGAGCAGUACGAGCUCAGAGAGGAGCAUAUUGACAAGGUGUUCAAGCACAAAGAUCUGCAACAGCAGCUGGUAGAUGCAAAGCUUAAUCAGGCACAGGCACUGCUCAAGGACUCAGAGGGCCGCCAUCAGAAGGAAAAAGACUUUCUCCUGAAAGAGGCAGCUGAGUCUCAGAGGAUGUAUGAGCUCAUGAAACAGCAGGAGGUUCAUCUGAAACAACAGCUCUCAUUGUACACAGAGAAGUUUGAAGAGUUUCAAAACACACUUUCCAAAAGCAACGAGGUGUUCACAACUUUCAAACAAGAGAUGGAAAAGAUGACCAAAAAGAUUAAGAAGCUGGAGAAGGAAACAACCAUGUAUAGAUCACGAUGGGAGAGCAGUAACAAAGCUCUGCUGGAGAUGGCAGAGGAGAAAACACUACGAGACAAGGAGUUUGAAAGCCUGCAGGUGAAGGUGCAGCGACUGGAAAAGCUCUGUCGUGCUCUACAGAUAGAGCGUAAUGAGCUGAGUAAGAAGGUUCAGGGUGUUUCCACAGGCAUUGAGAAUAGGCCAGAAACAGAGACGGGGUCACCACCAGAAGCGAUAGACUCAGAAGAGGGUAGCCCUGUCCAUCAGAAUAGCCCAGAGACUCCACAAAUGGCUUGUAGCCCGGCGUGCCACUGUGGGCCAGAUAUGGAGGCCGAGAGUCACAGAGAGGUGUGCUCAACCCAGGAUUGAGUCUUGCUGUCCCUGGAGGGCCAGGACACGCACACACACACACACACACACAAUCCUUCCCAGCUCUACCAGACCCCUAACCCUCCAUCAGCAGUCAAUGUUUUUUUUUCUGCGUCUGUGAUAGAACUGCUGACUCGUCUGCUUUUGGGGGUUUUCAUUGUGUCAGGGAAGAUUGUGCCUUCAACAUGAUUCCUAUGCUGCGUUUAUACUCUUUGGUUUUUAUGUGGCUUGCUCUAUCCCACUUUAUUCCCGAGAAAAUUCCUCAUUUGCAUUUAGAGGGGCAUGGAUGUUGCUGCUGUCUUGGAAUUCCUAGUGUUUGUCCAUUAAAUGCUCGUCUCUUUUCAGUUUGGCUGGAAAAAAAAAACCUUGCAAAGAAUCUUAACAGAUAGAUUGCUGUAAUUGAGGGAAAGUUAUUCGGCAUGAAACAGCAGUUGUAAUAUGACGUGGUUUUCUUUGGGUGUUUUUAUUUAAUUUCUCGCCUUAAGUUGUUGUAUUAGGUAAAAUCUGCUUGUCCACUGUCCUGAACACUUUUUUCUUUUUUUUUCUUUUUUUCUUUUUAAGAUUCCUGCACCAAACAAAGAAUGUAUGAUUUAUUAUUAAUCACUUUUCAGAGUUCAGAAAUGUAGACUUACAUUUAAGAUUAAUAUUGUUUUGAUUUUAAAGUUCAUCUAAUCUGAACCCACAUUUCUUUAUGCUUUUGCACACUUGAAUUUAUCAAAUUUAUUUUAAACUGAAGUUUACACCAUCUUUAAACACCACUAGUUUCUUUCAGAUAAUAUAUCCAGCGUUGUAGAUGCAUUCCUUUAACCCAUUCAGUUAACUUCUAGUUAGGUAUGUGCACUUAAAUGAUGUCAUUUGAUUCAGUGUGUGAUUUCAGUUUGGACGGUUUUCAUAUUUUGUUUUUCAGAUACUGAUCACAUGGCUGUUUGCAUUAAUGGCUUAAUGUGUUUAACAUAUUAGAAACAAAAACAUUUGAACCCCCUGCCCAAUUUCAUCAGGUUAGCAGAUUAAAGAACACUAUGCAAUUCUAGCUCUGUUCAUGUCAUCUGUGUUUAGCAUGUGAGCAAAGCACUGACACACUGAGUAAUGAAUGUAUGUUUGACACAAAGUGACUUAGUUCUGAGAUGUCAGUAAAUUUCAGCACUCUUGGGGUUUUGAUUACUUUUUUUAAUGUGUUUAGUGCAUUUACAUGAUGUAGUUUUGUGCCCUUUCCAUUCUGAGUGGAGUACAAAAGUGCUGGUAUAGUGUUGAGCCUGAAGUGCAUAAAGUUAUCAGUCGGCCAUGUAACUCGUCCAUAUUUCACUCCAGUCAAGGUUACUGAACAGGUCUAGGUUUUCUGUUUGUUAACAGGUAUGUGUGUGUAAAUCAUAAUGUUACUGUAUUUGAUGGUCUUUCAUUUGCCAGUCGUGGCACUUGUCAUUCCCAUUAUAGAAGGUACCAAAGAUCUGUUGUUUUCUCACUCCCUGUAUACAUUAUUUGCAAAUUAAAAUACUAAGAAAAUUAAAA